AUGAUGUCUUGGGUGUCCGAGGAGCUACUUGGUAACAUUGGCAUGCCUCAAGGUCCGGCUUCAACCACCUUGUUGGAUGAGUUCCUAAGUAGUUUCAGUUGCACAGCGCCGCGGUCCUUGCUUGAAGCACCGAUUCAUGUGCAGAUUGAAGGGGCAUCUACUUGUCCCGAGAGGCGUAGUGGACGUUUGGAUAAGAAGAACAAAAGUUGCAACAUCCCGACUGCCAAGCGUGCUGAAUAUAGGUUGGCGGAGGCUUUUGGAGAGCUACCGAAGGGAACGACAUCUAAGAAAGUCACCGAGGAGGAUGUGCAAGAGAAGAUGAAGACUUAUUUGCAGAUGUACAAGAAACCGCUCACGUCGACGGCGAUCCAGGCAAUUCGUGCCUUGGUGGAGGUUAAUGUGUGA